UCCAAUUCCAACGUCAAAUCAAUUCUAUUAUUGUUUAAAAUUUCGAUUACCAUUAUUUAUGUUUAGUUUUUCAAUCCACUGGCUCCUGUAAUGCGUUUUUUUGGUUUUGGUUCUACCAUUUUGGCAACAUUGUUCCUUGUUUUUCCGGACUGGCAUUUUUGUUGAAAUAAAAAUUUCCUCCCUCAACAAAAACAACAAUGUCGCUGCCAGCGGAAAAAUCCUCGAAAAUAUCGAAAAUCCUACGGUCCAAGGCCCAAGAGUUCCUGCUCAACGUAAGAGAAAAGGCCAACAUCCUUGAACAAAUCCUGCAACAUUUCUAUUCCGGGGCGGAUACUGGGCCUUGUUUGCUGGCAUUGGACAUGAUCUUUUCCAAUCUGUUCAAAGAUAGGAAAAUGUAUUUGGAAAUUGUGCCGCUGAAAGCGGUAGAGAAAACGCCGGAAAACGAAAGCAGGAAAUGGUUGAUGGGUAACUUUGAGAACUGCUAUUUGAGAAUCGUCCAGUGUAUGGAACAUGACAAUCCGAAAGUUACUAUACAAGCAUUAUCAACAGCCAUGAACCUACUGGCAAUGGAAGGAAAAUAUCCAAUGGAACGAGCCGGUGCGACUACAGAAAACUUCGUACCAGCCAACAAACUAAAAUCCAUACUAAUGAAACUUUUAACUAGCAAACAAAACAACAUAAACCUAAUCAAUAAAUAUACAGAAUAUUUAUUGUAUGAUGACAUAUUGUUUGUUACGUGGAAACUGUUACCGUCCUUGACUGCCAAAUCCAAUCCCAACCAAGUCUACAUCAUGAACUAUUUGAUGCUGUUAGAAAAGCUGCAAGUGUUUGCCAAUUUGGAUACUAAAUAUUUGUGUGCUGGAGAAUACAGCAUCCCAAUUACAUUUGACGAAGUCCUUACCAAAAAAUACCUCAACAGAGUCUGGCAAUGCAUAAUGGUUUGGGAACACAGCGUACAAACCCACAAGCAACUUUUAAUAGUUCUUCUGGAAAAAGUUUUGGUUCAUUUGGACAAACCACUACUUUUGACUGAUUUCUUGAUGGACUCUCUUGACAUUGGAGGACCUGUAAGCUACUUAGCUUUGCAAGGCCUCUUCACAAUGAUACAAGUGCACAAUUUAGAUUACCCAAACAUUUUCGCCAAGUUAUAUUCGAUGUUUGAACCAGAAAUAUUUCACACCAAAUACAAAGCGAGAUUGUUUCAUUUGGCCGAUUUGUUUUUGAGCUCGACGCAUUUGCCUGAAACAAUGGUAGCGGCUUUUGCUAAAAGAUUGGCACGCUUAGCUUUACUAGCCCCUUCAGUCGAUAUAAUAAUCAUUUGUCAGUUUAUAGGAAAUUUGAUUAUAAGGCAUCCAGGUUUGAAGUGUCUCUUGCACAAUGAAACCAGUGAGUUGGUAAAAUAUGAUCCUUAUGUAAUGGAAGAAAGUGAUCCAUUAAAAUCAAACGCCCUUAAUAGUUCUUUAUGGGAAAUUUAUACGUUACAAAGUCACGUGCAGCCUAGUGUGGCAAGCGCUGCUAAAUUUAUCAAUACGCCUUUGCCUUCAGUCGAAUGGGAUAUUGGCAAGGUUUUAGAAAACACAGAUAAUGAUAUUUUUGAUAAGGAAAUCAAAAAAAUUAGCAAGGCUAUUGUGAGGGAACUGGAACCUACUAAGGAUGGGCUUGUAAUUUCCACAGGCGAACGAGUUUGUCAAUAUUGGCAGUUGGUUUGAGUUUAAUUUGUUAAUAGAGUCCCGAAUUCUGGAAAAUUUGCAAAUGAGUUUAUAAAUUAACGCAAAUGGGUUCGGAUCUCUAGAUUUUAGAAAAAUAAAUUUUCUAAAAUUCAAUUUUUAAAUGUGAUUUAAUAAUCUUAUAGAAUGAUAAUAUGUUUUUUACUGUUUUGAUUAAUUUCAAAUGUUUAGAUGAUAAUUAUUUGUAAGUUAUAGUUACCCCUUGUGUUUUUAAUUUGUUUGUAGAAUUAUUAUAUUUUUCUAUUAAUAUAUAGGAAGUUGUCAUAAUUUAUAUUAGAAGCUGCUUUUUUUAAUGUAUAUGACAAGAAUUUUGGAAUUUGAAUAUAAUGUAAAAUUGUACCCUUUGGCAUUCAAAAAUUUAAUGUUAGGUAACAAUUAAAAUAUAUCAGAAUGUUUUGGUGUGCAACACAAAUUAUUAUAUUUUGCAGCUUUCAUUACAUCCUCGACUGUUUUUAUGGUUUCCUAUUUUAACCAUAGUGCGGUAUGUAUGUGAUAAUUUUGCCUAAUAAAGAAGACAUCUUAUUAUUGCUGUGUUAUAUUUUUUAGUAAUAAUGGAAUAUACUUUUCAAGGACU